AUAGAUGAUCCAGAAAAUGACCUGCACGAGAUGGUGCAUGAAGCUGAUAUCGUCGGCACUGUGGCCAACCUUGGUGCAAAUCAAGCCCUGACCUCAGACUACGUGGGCUCCGGUUACGAGAGAGGGCUACUCAAUCCCAGCUUGCUUAAUGAGGCAGAUUUCCAGGUGGCCACGUACACGCUUACGAAUGCUGUCCCUCUGAGCCCAUCUCUGAGCCAAAGCUGGCACAGGGACAUUGGGAAGGUAGUGGAGCAAGCUCUGGUCCCUCACUGCCCCACGAAGGAUCAUCUGUAUCUCCUUGCAGGCGCGAUUCCUUCCAGUGUCCGAGUUAAAGGCAAGUUGUCAGUGCCAGAGACCCUCUGGCUGGCAGCCUGCUGUGAUGCUCCGGAGGGAUGGUCCCUGGGACUAGUGAAACAGAUGAAUGAUGAAAACAGCUUGGCAGACCUCACGGUGGGAGAGCUGGAGAAGCAGCUUUUAGCAGGAGUUAACUUGUUCGAGGGCAACUGUGGAGGAGACAACCAAAGGCAGGAGAAAACAGAAGCAAUACUGCAAGCUGUCAGUCAGAUUCGCUCUGGAGAGCAAGUGGGAACAAGUGACAACCAGGAGGCCAAAGACAGCGGCUUAGUGAGAAAAGUGGCUGGCAUCAUUGCUACCCCUUUCAUCAAACUUCUGGAACUCCUCAUCUAUGUGUUUGUGGAGCUGGUGAAAUUCGUGUUUUAUUUUCUGUGGCUUGUUAUCAAGUGGGUUGGUGGUACAGUUCUGAACAGAGUCUACAGCCUGUGGAACGGGGUGGUGUCCUACCUUAAAGCCAUCAGCAUGGUGCUCAUCAGCAUCCCUUAUGAUGUGGGGAGGGUCGUUGUCAACAUCUUGCUGGGCUUCCUGCAAAUUGUUCAAGACGUGCUGUCCAUCACCUGCAUGAUCCUGCGCAUCCCCGUGACGUUUGUCCUUUACCUCGCUGCUUUCCCUUACCACACCGUCUGUGCCAUUCCUGCCAUCCUCAAAGACAUGACCACUGGGAUCAGGGGAGUCUUCUCGCUGGUCAUCGAUGCCACAGCUGCACUUCUGCAUGGCUUUUAUUACCUGGCUUGUCACAUGGUCAAACGGUUUGUCCCUAAAGGCUCCUCUGAUGACUGA